AUGCUUUUCAAACGUGGGCAGACAAAGGAUCUUAUGAGAUUUAAGAGCAAAAAAAGGUUGAAAACUAAUCAGAUUUCUAUGUGGAAUUUUAUGAUCGAUUUUAAAUUGAAGUCAGAAGAAGAAUAUGAAGUUCUGAAAUAUGCGCGCGAAGUUAAAUUGCGCGCUAAAAAGGAUUGUUAA